AUGCGUCUCCUGAAUGCCAAAACCCUCAAAUUAGAGGAAUUCGUGGGCCAUGACAUCCCUGCCUACGCUAUACUGUCUCAUACCUGGGGAGAGGAUGAAGUCUCUUUUCAAGACAUGCAGGCUCCAACUGUCACUGAGAAAAGGGGUUAUGCCAAAAUUGAGUAUUCAUGCGAACGGGCUCUGCAAGAUGGCCUGAGUUAUGUUUGGGUGGACACCUGCUGCAUAGAUAAAACUAGCAGUGCCGAGCUCUCUGAAGCUAUCAACUCGAUGAUGGCAUGGUAUGCGCAAUCUAGGAUUUGCUAUGCCCACUUAGCAGAUGUUCCCCCAAUCACCGAUCAAGAUUUUGAUAAAGCCGCCUUUUCUCAGAGUCGAUGGUUCACUCGCGGAUGGACUCUUCAGGAGCUAAUCGCACCAUGUGAGCUGGUAUUUUUGGCUCAGGAUUGGUCAUUCUUAGUCGCACGGGAGACUGUCGCUGAGUUUAUAAGUGACAUCACGGGCAUCAGUCACUUAUUCUUAGAAGCGAGACCAGAUAAUGAAGAUCUCAAAUCCAACCUGAUGUCAACAAGCAUCGCUGAACGAAUGAGCUGGGCAUCGGAACGUGAAACGACUCGAACAGAGGAUAUGGCAUAUUCCUUGCUGGGUAUACUCCAAGUUAACAUGCCACUUCUAUAUGGAGAGGGAUCUGCAGCAUUCCGGAGACUACAAGAAGAAAUCAUCAAACAUUCGGACGAUCAGUCAUUGUUUGCGUGGGGCUUUGGGACACCCGACCAUGACUUGAGCCAUAAACGACCAUGGUCUGCAGCUCAGUCGUCGCUUGCGAAAAUAGUGUCCUUCUUCAAAGAGUAUUCUGCUCCUCCAGAAGCAACUGGAGCGAUGGAUAUGGAUAUUUCAGACAUGUCCGGGAUCCUCGCGGAAUCUCCAGCGGCAUUUAGAGGUUGUGGAGACAUAGUUCCAUGCGACGUCAAGAGACCAACUCCUUCUUUCUCGAUGACGAAUAGGGGCCUGAGUAUAGAAUUGCCAGUUCUUCAGCUCGCAGAUGGCUACUUCUCUCUCCUUCAGUGUCAAAUGAAGAAAGACCCAACCAAGCUCAUAGCUCUGCCAAUACGGCGCCUACGAGACAAUACGUUCUGCCGAUCCAAGAGAGGGAAUUACGUAGCCAGUCAUUCAGCCUGGUUAACGUGGUCAUGGACUCAGCUUUAUUUUAUUCCCAGUAACGAUUCAGCUAUUGCACGUUUUCUGGACAGUCCACUCUACUCCAUUGCUAUCAAGAGCCUUCCGCCCAAUCUUCGGAUAGCAGAAAUACUCCCAGCUAGGCCAUUCAGGCAGGCCGACUCAAUGGUCAUAUACACCAAGAGCCCUGGAGUAAGUGACUUCGAUGCUAAUAUCUUUGUACGGUUUGAGGACUUGGGUAAUAAUAACCUAUCGUUCAUAUUGCUUGUCAUGGUGAUCAAUCCCUCCUGGGCCCGCCAACCCCUCCCAUCUGCCUUAAUACCUUACCUGUAUCUUCUGCCCCCUCCAGACGACAGCUCUCCACUAGUGAGAGACAUACGAUCUUGGAUCCGGCAGAAAGAUAGAGAAUAUCUAGGGCCAGUUCCAUACUCGGUCAAAAUUACGACGCAAACCUUGUCUCAGAGUGGCCUCUGGAUGAUUGAUAUCAUACCGGAAUCGCGGGACAAGAAAGCGAUGUACCUAGAGAUGCGCAAAAUGAGAUCCUGGGUAGGCAUAUUGCGCUGGGUCUUGAGAAGGGACCCACUUGUGGAGAAUGUCUAUGGAAAGUGGCUCGAUUACUUGUGUGAAAGAGGCUUUCGCCUUUCCCAAGUGCUUAUGCUCUCACCUUUGUGUUUCACUUUUCCAUUUGAUCUCGUACUCGAGCUGGUUGUUCAAGAAAAUCAAUUCGGAAGGUACCAGAAACUUGCUUCUACUAUACAUUAUGUGCAAAUGUAUCCCCUCACACAUGCUCCUUUCUCUCGCUGGGGAAGAGGGGGCCUAUCAUGA